AUGGCGAAGGUCAACGCAAACGUCUCCUCCUCGCGUCGCAAGUCGCGCAAGGCGCACUUCAGCGCUCCUUCCAGCGUCCGCCGCAACAUUCUGAGCGCCCCGCUCAGCAAGGAGCUCCGCGAGAAGUACAACGUCCGGAGCAUCCCCAUUCGCAAGGAUGACGAGGUUCAGAUCGUCCGCGGUCUGAACAAGGACAAGGAGGGCAAAGUGACCUCGGUGUACCGCCUGAAAUAUGUCAUCCACGUCGAGCGCGUCACCCGCGACAAGGCCACCGGCCAGAGCGUGCCCCUGGGCAUCCACCCCAGCAACGUGGUCAUCACCAAGCUCAAGCUCGACAAGGACCGUGAGGACAUCCUGGCCCGCAUCAAGGCCGGCCGCGACCAGGUCGCUCGCGCCAAGAAGAGCAAGGCUUGA